UUCCAGUAUAGGUAUGGCAGGAGAGCAAAUCGGGUUAAGCGGAGAGUUAAUCGGAAGAGCUUCCGCCGUAGCCAUAAAAGCUCACAAGUCAUCUUCUGGUAAGCCUUAUAUAUGUGAGAAAUCUAGGAGCUCAUCAUCAGAAGUGAUCUUUGGAUUCACAGGAACUUGGGAUUUGGGUGACUGGUUUACGCAUAAGCCAUUUGGAGAGGCAAAGAUCAACCUUAAUCUCUUCCCUUCUCUCAGAACCAUUGGCAGCAACGAAGCUGCGACAGUAAACCAAGCAUUUCUUCAAAGAUUUGAAGCAAUAUUGACAAAAACAUCACUGAAAAAUGAGGUGGAAAAAGCUGCAGCAGAGAAACAGAUAGUGUUUACAGGACAUUCCUCAGGUGCAGCAACAGCCAUAUUCGCAACUCUGUGGUUCUUAGAAUCCCGGAACCAUAUUCCACCUCGUUGUAUAACCUUCGGUUCACCUCUUGUGGGUGACAAAAUUUUAACUCAUGCUAUGAACCGAGAACAUUGGAGUCAAUAUUUCACACACUUCAUCAUGAGAUAUGACAUCGUUCCUCGAAUUUCCCUCACUUCCCUUCCUUCUAUAGAAGGAGAAUUGCAGCCAAUUCUACAUUACUACAAUCCAAAAUCUCCCUUUUAUGCAAGUGAUUCUGUUGGAAGAACGGAAGAAGCUUCCCUGUUUGUACUGAAAGUAAUGAGAAAUAUUUCAUUACUGACCAGUCGUCUAGCCUGCAAAUUCAUGGGGUGUACAAACUUCUUGUUGGAAAACGUGACCAAUUUCAUUGAACUAAGCCCUUACAAACCUUUUGGAACCUAUGUGUUCUGCACUGGAAAUGGAAAAUUUGUCACUGUAAAAAAUCCAGAUGCCAUUCUCCAAAUUUUGUUUUACUGCCUUCAGCUAGGGUCUGAAUCUGAGUGGGAUGAGGUAGCACAGAGAAGCCUGAAAGAGCAUUUAAUCUAUGAAUAUGAAUUACUCAAGAGCGUGGAAGUGCCAAGUGUAGCUUACUUGGAGCAUCUGGUAGAUCUGCCUUUAUCAACAGAAAACAUGGGAGAAAGUGAAAAUUUCACCAUAUCUGGUGCUCUGAAUGACCUAGGCUUGAGUGAAAGAGCCAUACUGUGUCUUCGAGCUGCAGGGGAGCUAGAAAAACAGAAAGCUAGAAACCAAAUCAAGAUCAAUGGCAACAAAACCAAAAUCAGAGAUGUGCUGAAUAUGCUUGAAAGAUAUCAAGCAAGUUGUGAGGUUCGUAAAAUAGGAUACUAUGAUGCCUUUAAGAUGCAAAAGCACACUGAAGACUUCCAGAACAAUAUAAGGAGAUUGGAACUAGCAGGCAUAUGGGAUGAGAUAAUAGAGAUGUUGAAAAGAAAUGAAUUACCUGACGAGUUUGAGGGGCAGAAAGAGUGGAUUGAGAUUGGUACCAGGUACAGGCGCCUUGUUGAGCCUUUGGAUAUAGCCAACUACUACCGGCAUUUGAAAAAUGAGGAUACUGGGUCUUACAUGGGAAAAGGUAGACCAUCACGUUACAUUUAUAUACAAAAAUGGCGUGAGCAUGUGGAGAAAAUGGAGGCUGAACCCGUUCCAGAAUCCUGCUUCUGGGCUGAGGUUGAGGAGCUUUGCAUUAGUACCUGCAAUACGCAGUUCUCUGGAGAUGUCAGGGAGAGAGUUUACCGUCUUGAAAUAAAUGUAUCAUUAUGGGCCCGGAAUGAGCUGCUAGGCAAAGAUGUAUUCCUGAAUGAAUCCUCCUUUGUCCAAUGGUGGAAGAGGCUUCCCAUCCAGCAUAGAUUAGUAUCAUGCAUCAGGGAUCUAUUUCAUGAAUAAUAAGUAUUCCUACACCAGUAUUCAAAUCCUAUUCAGUGUCUGCAAUAUGCAAGAAUACAAUUUACAUGUAAUGCUUUAAAAAAAAAUUACUUUUUUCUGCCUUCCCUGUAACAAA